CUUCCUUCCUCUGUCAUAGCCUAUAUCAUUCCAUUGUCCAGAUUCGUCUGUAAUAUCAGACUAAGAUCUCUUCGGGUUAGGUCCUCUUCUUCUAGUGUCUUUGGUGGUGUUUUUUCUUGGAAAAAAAAUGGUUAAUUCUUGUGAGAACAACAUCGUCGUUGGACAACACACUACGACGACGAUUCUUCAAGAUGAAACGAGAAGUAGAAAGUUCGGACAAGAGACGAAGAGAAGAGUGUUGGGUGUGAUUAAUCAGAAUCUGGUUGGUGCAAGACGCUAUCCUUGUGUUGUCAACAAGAGAGUAAACUUAUCCAAGAAAGAAGAAGAAGAAGGAUGUCAAAAGAAGAAGCUUGAUCAUCCUCUGAGAUCCUCAGUUACAAGAUCUCGAGUUGAAGAAGAGCCCUUGUGUCAAAAUGAGGAGAAGAAGAAGCUGAAGCCAACAGUUCCAAGCGCAAACGAAGAAGAAGCUACAUUGGACCAACCAAUGCCAAUGUCUCUGGAGAAGCCUUACACUGAAGCUGAUGAUCCAAUGGAGGAAGUUGAGAUGGAGGAUGUGGUAGUGGAAGAACCAAUCUUGGACAUCGAUGUCUCAGAUGCCAAGAACUCACUUGCAGCUGUUGAGUAUGUCCAAGAUCUAUACGCAUUUCACCGACAAAUGGAGAGGUUUAGCUGUGUUCCAGUAGAUUACAUGAUGCAGCAAAUCGACUUAAACGAGAAGAUGAGAGCUAUACUAAUCGACUGGUUGAUCGAGGUACAUGACAAGUUUGAUCUGAUGAACGAGACACUGUUCCUGACAGUGAAUCUGAUAGAUAGAUUCUUGUCCAAGAAAGCUGUGUUGAGAAAGAAGCUUCAGCUUGUAGGGCUGGUGGCUUUGUUUUUAGCUUGCAAGUAUGAAGAGGUUUCAGUUCCUCUUGUUGAAGAUUUAGUGCUCAUUUCAGACAGAGCUUAUGCCAGGACUGAUGUUCUACACAUGGAGAAAAUGAUGUUGAGCACUUUGCAAUUCAAUGUCUCGUUGCCUACACAAUACCCUUUCUUGAGAAGAUUCCUUAAGGCAGCUCAAGCAGACAAGAAAUGUGAGGUUUUGGCGUCCUUCUUGAUCGAGCUUGCCCUUGUGGAGUAUGAGAUGCUUCGGUUUCCACCUUCAUUACUAGCUGCCACGGCCGUGUACACUGCUCAAUGUACACUUGAUGGAUUCAGGAAAUGGAACCGUACAUGUGAAUUCCACUCUCACUACUCUGAAAAUCAGCUCAUGGAAUGUUGUAGGAAGAUGGUGAGUCUUCAUCAGAGGGCGGCCACUGGGAAAUUGACAGGAGUAUAUAGGAAGUACAGCACAUUCAAGUUUGGGUACAUAGCCAAGUGCGAAGCUGCACACUUUAUUGUUUCUUAGUCGUCUCAUCAUCCUUAAAGGCUGCAAAAAGACAGUGAUAUUUUUUGUACAGUUCUCUUGACAAAGUUCCUCGUUUCAUCUGAAGCACAAAUAACACACAGCCAAAAAAAUUGUUCAAUUUGUCUGUCUGAAGUUGAAUUCUGAUUCCUUAUCGUUGUUCACUUUAAUUGUAACUUCCGUUUUACAUGACAUUUUUUAACAAUAAAUUCCAUAAUGAUCAGA